CAAGUUAGAGUCAACGUACAAAACAUAUUCCGUUCAUGGCGUAACAUAUCUAUAGUCUAAAGACUAUCUAUGAAGAUCUACCUAAUUUUCAGUCGACCAUCUGGACAACAUCGCUUUUGUGACUAUUCGAACGCAUCAAAACUUCAUUAGCAGCCAAUUUUUGGAGAAUGUGGAUUUGUAUGUACCCGAAGAUGAUCGCCCUACAGUUCGCAGACUUCCUGAACUCAGCUCACCUAUGAAGGAAUUGUCUUCAACAGAGGGCGAUGUUUUACCAGAUGAAGAACUACAAACGGCUGGGAAACUGGAAUUGGAUAACCCAUUGAAAGAUGUCCCUGAUGAAGAAGUUGAUUUGCUAGUGGAUGAGGAUUCUGGAAGUGAUAGGGAUGUGACAAAUGAGGAUGAGCAGCUAUCUGAAGAAGGGUAUGCUGGAAGCGACAAAGACGAAGUCAAUGAGGAUGACCAUGAGUUGGAUCAAGAUUCUGACAUUGAUAGUAUGGUCGUCAAUGAAGUUGGAUCAAGACCCUGA